AUGUACACGGAGACACUGUCGACCUCCUUCACGGGAAUGAGCUUCCCGCAGGCGAGCGAAUUAUGCUUCACGAAGCUCAAGCUGCUGCUGCUCGCCAUCGAGAUCAAAGGCGAGGAGGGAGCCGACAGCAAGAUCUCCAUCAACCCGCGCAGUGCCAAGAUACACGCCAACACGCAAGGCUUCUUUAUAGCGCAGUCUGCUGACGAGGUCAAAAGAGCUUGGUAUUAUUGCAAGGCCUGCCACGAGGACAUCAAAGACGAAACGCUCAUCAAGAAGUGCAAAUGCAAAAACUAUGAUCACCAUCCUCCCCCCACCUUCACGCCGCCAGAGUUGCCCAAGAAGGUCCAUGUUCGAGGUGAAAUUGCGAGAGAAAGAGGGGAGGAUACUAGUUUAAUAAAUCGCAACCAUCGGAGUGCGGCGCCGACAACGCUGCUGUCUCCGAGCGCGAACCAGCUGGUGAACACCACCACCACGAGGCAGGUCAACAAGGUGAAGCCCAACGUCAACAGGGCACCACCGGACACGCCUACGAGUAGAAGCAGUGGUGGUAACCAAAACAGCAAUGGCGUCAGCCUGCCCGCGGGCCUGGCUGAUGACCAGUCGAAAGAUUUCGACUUCGAAAAGACUGAAAUGAAGUAUGACUCCACUGGAAUGUUCCAUUGGAGCCCUGCGAGGAAUUUGGAAGAUUGUAUUUUAGACCGAAAUCAGGCGGCCAUGACAGUUCUGAACGGGCACGUGGUAGUGUGUUUGUUCGCGGACCCUGACUCGCCGCUCAUUGGGUUACGGAACCUGGUGAUGCCGCUGCGGGCCUCCAACUUCCACUACCACGAGCUCAAGCACGUCGUCAUCGUGGGGAGCGUCGACUAUAUUAGGAGAGAGUGGAAGAUGUUGCAGAAUCUACCAAAGAUUUCUGUUUUGAAUGGUUCACCGCUAAGCCGGGCUGACUUGCGUGCAGUGAAUGUGAACUUGUGCGACAUGUGCUGUAUCCUGUCGGCGAAGGUGCCAUCAAACGAUGACCCGACGCUGGCCGACAAGGAAGCUAUCUUGGCUUCGCUGAACAUCAAGGCGAUGACGUUCGACGACACGAUAGGAGUGCUGAGCGCCGGCGUCACCAACGGCAGCAGCGCGGCGCCGCCCCCGCCUGGCGCGCCGCCCGCGCCUGUCUUACUGCAGCGCAGGGGGUCCGUCUAUGGUGCCAAUGUGCCUAUGAUUACUGAGUUGGUGAACGACAGUAACGUGCAGUUCCUGGACCAGGACGACGACGAUGACCCGGACACGGAGCUGUACCUGACGCAGCCCUUCGCGUGCGGUACAGCCUUCGCCGUCAGUGUACUCGACUCACUUAUGUCCACCACUUAUUUCAACCAAAAUGCCUUAACGUUGAUUCGCUCGUUGAUCACGGGCGGCGCGACGCCAGAGCUGGAGCUCAUCCUGGCCGAGGGCGCGGGGCUGCGCGGCGGGUACUCCACGCCAGAGAGCUUAGCUAAUAGGGAUCGGUGUAGAGUGGGUCAGAUCUCGUUGUAUGACGGUCCACUGGCGCAGUUUGGCGAGGCUGGCAAGUACGGCGACCUGUUCGUGGCGGCGCUCAGCACGUACGGCAUGCUGUGCAUCGGCCUGUACCGGUUCCGAGACACUUCCUCCUCCUGCGACGCCAGCAGCAAGCGAUACGUCAUCACCAACCCGCCCGAUGACUUCUCGCUGCUACCUACCGACCAGGUGUUCGUGCUGAUGCAGUUCGACCCGGGCGUGGAGUACCGGUCGUCGCGGCGCGCGGCGGCGGGCGCGGGCAAGGACGACGCCUCCUGA